AAUUGGGUUUGCUCAUAUUAUAGAAAAACAACAGGUGACCGUGACUCCAAUCUUUUUUUGUUUAAACAUUUCAAAAUUGGUCUCUUCUUGUUGUAUUUGUUCAUGGUCAUGAUGCUCAUCUUCCUAAUCUGGCAAUAAAAAUGAUAAGAAAGACAAAUUCCAUUACAGUUUGAUCCAUUAAACCUAAACCUUUUCAUACCCCUCAUAGCUUCUCCCAUGGCUUCUUUCUCAUUUCUCUCAAAAGUACCCACAUUUCAAAACUCGGUUUCUUGCAAAAAUGUUUAUGGUUCAGCUCCAAACGCACUCUCUGUUCCUCAGAAUCAUCCUUUUUCAAAUGGGACUUUGCAAGAUCGCUGUGGUUUUUCUGGACGGUUUGUGGGGAGGUUUAGUUUGGCGUCUUCAAAUCAAGCUCACUCUUUUAUUGAUCCAGUUUCGACAGAUAAGGUUCCACUUUUAUCUGGUUCGGAGGCUAUUGAAAGAAUGAGAACAAAUCGUGAAAGUUACAAAAGUAAGCAACAAUAUAUGGCAAUGUAUUCUAGCUGUUUCGGUGGAAUCACUACGGAUCCCGCAGCCAUGGUAAUUCCUUUGGAUGAUCACAUGGUUCAUAGAGGGCAUGGAGUUUUUGAUACCGCGGCCAUUGUUAAUGGGUGUCUAUAUGAAUUGGAUCAACACCUUGAUCGUUUUCUGAAUUCAGCUAAAAUGGCAAAAAUAAAGCUACCAUUUGAUAAAGAAAGCAUAAAAAGAAUACUUGUACAAACUGUAAGUGCCUCCAAAUGUAGAACAGGAUCACUGAGAUACUGGCUUUCAUCAGGACCUGGGGAUUUCCAACUCUCUCCAACUUGCUGUUUUCAUUCAGCUCUUUAUGCUGUCGUAAUUGAAGAUAAAUCGCCUUCAGAUUACAGCGGGGUUAAAGUAGUAACCUCGUCAAUUCCAAUAAAACCCCCACAAUUUGCUACAGUAAAGAGUGUAAAUUAUCUCCCUAAUGUGCUUUCAAAGAUGGAAGCUGAAGAAAAAGGGGGAUAUGCUGCAAUAUGGUUAGAUGCUGAUGGUUUUAUUGCUGAAGGGCCUAACAUGAAUGUAGCCUUUGUGACAAAGGAAAAAGAACUAUUGAUGCCUUGCUUCGACAAAAUCUUGAGUGGGUGCACAGCUAAGAGGGCUCUAGUGUUGGCAGAAGAGCUAGUGAAGGAAGGCAAGCUAAGAGACAUAAGAGUUGAAAAUGUGACUGUUGACAAAGGGAAAAGUGCAGCUGAAAUGAUGCUAAUCGGUAGUGGAGUUCUUGUCCGAUCUGUAUUGCAGUGGGAUGAGCAAGUUAUAGGUGAUGGCAGAGAAGGUCCAGUGUCGAAGGCUCUCCUAGGUCUUCUACUGCAAGACCUUAAAUCUGGCCCGGCUACAGUUCGAGUUCCUGUAUCCUAUUGAAUGACUUCCAACUAUUUAUAUCUUGUAUUAAACAAGGUUAGAACAGAGUUAUGCCAUGGCAUUGAUUUCUCAUGUAGCUAGCAUGUUUUGGAGCUCAAUGAUCAGAUUCUGUCAAUCAGAAAGUGUAAGCAUGAGCUGAAUAAGUACAUGAUAUUUGACUCUUAUACAACACAUCUUCAUUAUGCUACCAACAACAAUAAGACGGCACAUAUUAUGCUGGUUAUAGUUUGUAAAUGGGUAUGAUGUAUCUGAAAUAUGAAGUGUUGAAAUAUUGUUUGGAUGACUGUAUAUAACUUAGAGUUUUGUUGAAUAA